AUGGGAGGAGAAAUUGGUAAACAAGAUAAUAAGAAAGAUCAUCCUGGAAAGUUAACAAUUUAUGUCCUUGCAACUUCCAUCCUUGCUGCUACCGGUGGUUUAAUUUUUGGUUAUGAUAUCGGGAUUUCAGGUGGUGUAACAUCAAUGGCAUCAUUUCUAAAUAAAUUCUUCCCAACAGUUUACAAGAAUGAAAUUACAGAUACAUCAACAAACCAGUACUGUAAAUUUAACGGUCAAAUUGUGACACUUUUCACCUCAUCCUUAUAUGUGGCUGCUCUCUUCACUUCUCUAAUUGCUUCUACUGUCACAAGAAAGUUGGGUUCAAAAUUAUCAAUGUUAUUUGGAGGCAUUCUCUAUUUUACUGGAGCUACCAUCAAUGCUCUUGCCCAGAAUGUGGCUAUGCUUAUUAUUGGUCGUUCUUUACUUGGAUUUGGUGUUGGUUUUGCUAAUCAGUCAGUACCACUUUACUUAUCAGAGAUGGCACCCUACCAAUCCAGAGGAGCACUAAACAUAAUUUUCCAACUAUCAAUCACAAUAGGCAUUUUAGUGGCAAAUGUUCUAAACUAUUUCUUUGCCAAAAUUGGUAACUGGGGUUGGAGAUUGAGCUUAGGAGGAGCCACAUUUCCUGCUAUAAUCAUCAUCAUCGCGUCCAUUGUUCUUCCCGACACUCCUAACUCCUUGAUUGAGCGCGGAAUGCCUGCAAAGGCUCUUUCGAACCUUAGAAAGAUUCGAGGAAUCGAACAAGUCGACAAGGAGUUCAACGAGAUUAUGGCUGCUGGGGAGGCCUCUAAGAAGGUGCAGCAUCCUUGGAAAAAUGUUUUGCACAGGAAGUACAGGCCUCAUCUUACUAUGGCAAUUGCAAUUCCUUUCUUCCAACAGUUCACAGGUAUUAAUGUGAUCAUGUUUUAUGCUCCUAUCCUAUUCAAGACUCUGGGAUUUGGAGACGAUGCUUCGCUUAUUUCUGCUGGGAUCAUUGGUGGUUUCAACGUAUUAGCCACACUAGUUUCCAUUUAUGGCGUUGAUAAAUGGGGUAGAAAAUUUCUAUUUAUAGAAGGUGGGAUUCAAAUGUUCGUUUGUCAUGUACUUGUUGGGAUAUUCAUCGGAUUUAAGUUCGGGUUAAGUGGAAUCCCAUCAUCACCACUUCAACAAUGGUAUGCAAUACUAGUUGUGAUCUUCAUAUGUAUCUAUGUCUCCGCUUUUGCUUGGUCAUGGGGCCCACUCGCUUGGCUCGUGCCAAGCGAGAUCUUCCCAUUAGAGAUCCGAUCUGCAGGACAAAGUCUCAAUAUAUCAGUUAACAUGUUAUGCACAUUUGUCAUAGCUCAACUCUUCCUUACCAUGCUUUGCCACCUAAAAUUCGGGUUUUUCCUCUUCUUUGCAUCAUUGGUGUUUGUAAUGACCAUGUUUAUCUACUUCUUUCUACCCGAAACGAAAGGGAUUCCCCUUGAAGAAAUGAAUGUUGUAUGGAAGAACCACUGGUUUUGGAGAAGUUUUAUCGAUCACCAUGUUUUGGAUGACCUACAAAUGGUCGAGAAUGGGCAACAACCUGACAUUGUCAUUUGAUAAAACUUACUUUAGUGUUGAUGUACAUAGAUACGUACUUCCUCCAUUUUAUUAUACUUAUAACUAAUGGCGAUAUUUACCCACACAAUAUGUCACAAUCAGUUGUAAAUAUUUCAAAACGGAGGUAAUA